AUGUUCGGGCAUGGGUCCAAAGGAGACACCCUUACUUCUUUGGCAACUCUAAAAGAAGGAAAGAGGAAUCAUUACUUCAUUUCGUAUCUGAGAGAAGCAGCUGAGAGUUGGACGGCUACAACCGAGUGUUGGACGGCUACAACCGAAGACAAUGGCUUCCCAUUCGUUUUCAGAGGAGCAGGUCUCCGAGUUUAAGGAAGCCUUCCUGCUCUUCGACAAGGAUGGGGAUGGUGCCAUCACCUCCCAAGAGCUGGGCACAGUCAUGAGGUCCCUUGGGCAAAACCCAACGGAAGCCGAGCUGCAGGAAAUGAUCAGGAAGCUGGACACCGACGGGAAUGGCAUGGUGGACUUCCCCGAGUUCCUCAACCUCUUGGCCCGGCGGAUGAAGAACGCCGACAGUGAGGACGAAGUCCGGAAGGCCUUCCAGGUAUUUGAUAAGGAUGGCAAUGGCUACGUCAGCGCAGCCGAGCUGAGGCACAUCAUGACCAAGCUGGGCGAGAAGCUGACGGACGAAGAAGUGGAGGAGAUGAUCAAGGAGGCCGAUGUGGAUGGAGACGGGCAAGUCAACUAUGAAGAGUUCGUCCGGAUCAUGUCCUGCAAGUAGAGACUGCUCCCGUGGAGGGAACAUAGUUCUGUAUCCUUGAGAACAUGCCCAAUCUCUUGCUUCCAUUAAUGUUGGGCUAAUUGAACGUUGGAGAUGAGCCUUAAUUCGUCACUGGGAAGAAUGGGGACUUCAGGUAUCUGGUGUGCUUUGUUCCUCUGCUACCCAAAGCUGAAGCGUUGCUUUGUCAUGGGACUUUUCUAUAUCCUACACUAUGAUAUGGAGGAACUUGCUAUAGUAAUCUAUACUGGUGGUGGACAGAAGGUAGAUUGGACUCUUGUUUGGGUGGAGAGCAGGACAUUAACAAGGGUUCCUGUUAUCCAGAAAUAGCUUAAUCAUAGCAAGUCAAAUAAAUCCUGCUAUGACUCGUC